UCAGCCUCGAGCCUCUUUUUAGCUUUCCGAGUAGCGUAUUUUCAUUUUAUUUUACCUUAUCUUUUCAUUUUCGCGUUAAAAGUAAAAUUUAUGUAGUUAUUAAAGUAGUAUAACUCAUGUAUUAGUUCGUACCUAUGUGCACUUACAGUGUUACAUAAACAUUAGUGUAGAGCGCUAAUCGUAUCGGCAAUUCUUAUGCAUAUAACUACACGAUACGUCAGUUGAUGAAUGUUGGCUGAAAGAUAAUGGAUGUGGAUACUCCUAACAUAUUAAAAAGGUGCAGUAGUGCACCUCUUAUCAAUGAAGCGGCGUCUACAGCGGCAACUUCGCCUACAACCAAUACAGCGCCCAGGAGCACAUCGUUUUUCAGCAUGUUCACGAAUAACAGUUUACCGCGCACGCGCAGUAAUAGCAUCAGCUGCAGUCCUCUGUCAGCAGCGGUCAACAUACCUGGGAGUAUACAAAGCACGUGCGGCCGGCGCCUCACCCCGCGCGUGAACCAGCUGCGCGCCGAGGAGUGCGCCGACGUGAGCAACACGCGGGAGGUGGCGCACGAGCGGGAGGUGCACACCGCCAUGCAGAUGGGGCAGUCCUACGAGGACCUCACGCUGCUGGGCGGGCCCGCCAACUCGCCCACCAGGGUGCCCAGGUUCUCGCCCGUGGUGUCGCCGUCGCCCACGCGCAAGUACACGACGCGGCGCAGCCUGUCGCCCAUCGCGCUGCGGGCGUCGUCGUUCAGCCCCGUGCGGCCCAACGUGCUGGUGGGCAAGCGGCGCUGCGACGACGGCGACGCGUCGCUGUGCAAGCGCAUGUGCACGGGCCGCCUCACGCCGUCCACGCCCGGCACGCCCGACUCCGACUCGCUGGAGUGCACGUUCCGGCCCGUGUCCCCGCGCGGCGACCCCCCGCGGCCCAGCUAGUGCGCGCGGGGGCCCCGCGGGGAUCGUUCUGUGACGCUCGUCGACGCCUCCCGUGCGAGGUCGAUCGAAACGGGCCCGAUGUGUCUCGAUCGGACCUCGGGCCGGACGUGAGGUUGUAAGUACUCUCGGGUGCAUUCGAAGUAGCCUAUGGCGUUAGUUCCUAAUAGUGAACUUGUAGCGUAUUAUUCUUAUCGUAACGUAGAAGUUAAAAGCGAGUGCCCUUUUAAUAGCCAAAGCAUCCAAAACUUUAUUGUAAAUAUGUUAUGUUAGGUGCGUUCUUAUAUGACGAGCGCGUAUAUUGUAUAUAGUUUAGUUUUGUAAGUGAACGUAGCCAUUACUUUACAUAAGCUCAUUUGAGGAGUUGAAGUGUUCUCUCCUUUCAUCCCGCCUUUCGUUUAUGUAAUUAGUUAGUCAUCCCGAUCGUUUCGAUCUCUGGAGAUAAAUGUAUAGAAGUUGGAAACGAAAAUCUUAGUAAAUGAUAACACUUGUCUACUGCAAAGUUUUUUAUUACAUAAUUGAGUAACAUUUGAAAUAACAGCAUGAUGGCAGCUGUUCUAAAAUCCUUUAAUAACAUGAAUUCGAAAUAUUUUCAAUGAUGUCCAAUAAAAUAUUCAGUGUAUAAUUCUCAAAUAAAUUGUUAAUUUUUCAAAGCCGAAAUCUUAACAUAAAACAUUUUGUCAUUAUAUUAUUACAUUUAUCAUUUUUGUAUAAGUCUCGAGUAACUUUGGUCUUCGUAAUAUUUUACUCAUAGAAUUUUGUUUGUGUUCAUUAUUCACUUUGAAUAAGUUGUGCUUUUGAUUGUACCAUAUUGGUAAACUUUGUCCAUUGAAUGUUCGUUACAAUAUGCGGGCAUUUUAGUUUUAAGUUUAAUUUUACUUGCCAAGUUUGAUAUGUAUUUAUCAAUUUAUUAGUACAGGGUAAUGAACGCGUGUAGGGUUGCUACGAGAACCGUUGUAUACAAAACUUAACGAUUAUUAUCAAUGCGUUUUUUUGUCAUCGGUAUUAAAAUUGAUGGCUAGAAACAAAUAUAAUUAUUGAAUAUUUUUCGAGUAUUUCCCGUAUAUCAUAUAAACAAUUAUUGUAAUAAAAAAUAAUAAAUAUUUAUAUAUUGACAACAUUCAAUGGAAAGUUUUAUUGUGAUAGUUUGAUAACAGUAUAAUUCAAACGAAUUCAUCUAAUCUCAUACAUGCUGUUAAACAUAUAAUUUGGGUUAUAUCAUUUACCUCAAAUACACAUGUAUAUGAACUGUUAUUGUAUGCAUUUUUAUUUUGUAUAUAAAAUUAAGAUUAAUGUCAACUAAAUUCUACGAUGGAUUACUCAUUGUGUUUUUCAUUGAACUUAAAGUCAAUGACAACAGCUUGGUAUAAAUAUUAUUGAAUAUAAAUGUUAGUGUCUCCAUUAGUAGACAUAAUGAAAUUUUAACUUAUUGAACUCAGAUUUUUCAGUACUGGAUUAUUUGUGGCAGGCGCCAAGGUCCAAUGGAAUCUUGAUCCACAAUUUUUCACUCUUAAAUAUGCUGACAGUUAACAUAAUCAGAUACUUAAACUCAUCUUAUAUGCCUUGCAAAGGGCCGUUUUAAAAACAUAUUUGGCCCAAUACGCCUGGAUAUGAGCUAUCCAGGCGUAGCUGUAUCGUAAGUGUUCUGGUUCAUAAGUCACCAUUAUCAUAUAAAUACCCAAUUAAUAGAUAUAACUUUUCAAUCUGAGUGAAUCCAUCGACACAUGUUAUUAAUACGGCAUUUAACCUUUAGUAAGUAUGGGAGUUAAAGUUAAAAAUAUUUUUUGUAAUCAUUUAAUUUCAUAAAGCUGUUUGUAAUACCUAAAAAGUGCUUAUCGGCGACUGUUGUACCUAUAUGAUAUGUAUUAUAAGUAGGUUUGUUUUAUAACUUUUGUAAGUAUAGCUGGAGUCAUAGAGACUUAUAUAGAGAUAAUGUUUUCAAGUGAUUAAAUCACAACAAUGA